AUGUAUUUGCCUGGGCUUGGGCGUGGGUUGAAGAGCCUGGCGCUCGCCCUUCUUAUCUCUAAUCCGGCUGGUGCUAUCGAUUUGACUAUCACCGAUGAACAAUCCAUCAAAGAUGCCGCCAGUACGACCACAUAUGCGAUGAUGACCUAUUAUAAGGGAAACGAGACCGGACAUAUUCCAGGAGCCUUUGCAAGCAAAUGGUGGGAGGGUUCAGCUCUCUUCUUGGCAUUGCUCCAGUAUUGGUAUUUCACUGGCGACACAACCUACAAUGAGGAGCUAAGUGUUGGAUUACAAUGGCAGUCUGGUGACGACGGUGAUUAUAUGCCUAGCAACUACAGCAGUUAUCUGGGAAACGAUGAUCAAAUGUUCUGGGGACUUGCCGCCAUGACCGCCGCCGAGUUGCAGUUUGCCGACGUUACGGAUGGAUUCUCCUGGCUCUCCCUGGCUCAGGGUGUCUACAACACUCAGAUUAACCGAUGGGAUACCACAGCGUGCGACGGUGGAAUGCGCUGGCAAAUCUGGCCCUACGAAUCCGGUUACACGAUGAAGAAUGCGAUCUCCAACGGGGGUCUUUUCCAACUUGCUGCUCGACUUGCUCGGUACACCAAUGACGCCUCAUAUGCUACGUGGGCCAAGAAGAUCUGGAACUGGUCUUUGAGCUCGCCGCUACUCAGCAACUCGACUUGGAACGUUGCCGACUCUACGAAUAUGGAUGACGACUGUUCCACUCAAGGUGACACUCAGUGGUCGUAUAACUAUGGCACUUAUAUGAUGGGUGCUGCCUACAUGUACAACUAUACAAACGGAAGUUCCGAAUGGCUUUCUGCCGUCAACGGACUGAUGAACAAAACCUUCGAUCACUUCUUCCCCACUAGUAAUGGCGGCAUCUUCGAGGAAGUCGUCUGCGAGCCCUCGGAAAGCUGCAACGACAAUGAAAUUCUCUUCAAGGGCCUCGUCUCCUCGUGGCUUUCAUUUACCGCUCUCCUCGUCCCAUCAACAUACAGCACAAUUCUACCCUAUCUCCAAACCUCAGCCAAGGCUGCAGCAUUGUCUUGCACAGGCCACAACAACAACACCUGCGGAGUACGAUGGUACAAAUCAGAAUACGACGGAUGGAUCGGCAUGGAAGAGCAAAUCAGUGCCACCAAUAUUUUCGUCGCAAACAUGAUUCAGUUCAACACCAGCGGCCCGGUUACCGCUACGACGGGUGGAAAUAGUACUAGCAACCCGACGCAGGGUGAGAACGAUACGAGUUCGUCGACUACUCAGCAGAGCAAGAUUACGACGGGAGACCGCGCCGGUGCUGGUAUUUUGACGGUCGUGUUUGUUGUUGGCUGGGUCGGUUUGAUGGGCUUUACUGUAUUUGGAGGUUGA